AUGUCGACAGUUAGGGAAUUAAAAGAAUCCCCAGUAGCCUCAGCUCAAGCUUAUGUCUUAUUGUUUAAUACUGAGGAUCGAAAAUGGUUACCUAGUGGUGGGACAAGAUCACUCUCCUGGAUUCAAAUACUUCAACAGAAUGGUUUAGAUGCUUUUCGUAUUGUCGGUUGGCGUCAACCAGAUAAUCAAGUUGUUGUUAAUUCAGUACUGAAAGCUGGUUUAGAAUAUCAAAUACAUGGACAAUUUCAUGAAUGGCGUGAUCCAAUCACUUCAAGAGUCUAUGGUUUACAUUUCCCGGAACAAGAAGAAGCUUCGGUGUUUUUAAAGACAAUCAAUAUUGUUUUGAAUAGACUAACAAAUCCUGAUGGUAAACAUUCAGUUGAUGGGAGUGUUGUAAAUACAAAUUCACGUGAAUAUGCUCAACCUUUUAUUUCAUCUACAACGACAAAUGAUACAUGUAAUCGUUCAACAACUACUACAACAACGCUAUCCGCCACAUCACCAUCUAAAGGCGGUGGAUGUACAAUCGUCAUUGCACCGAUUCCUAAUGGUGGUAGUCUUACUUCAUUGGAUAAAAUUACACAGAAUGAAAAUAAAAAUAUCAACGAAACUUUUUAUUUACCAAAAGAACCUGAACCUAGUGAACUAUCGAAUUAUGUUUAUCAAGAUCCUAGUCAUCAAACUAUUCAACGAAAUCAGCCUUAUUCAAUGUCUUUAGCACCAAAUCCUAAUAUAAUAAUUGGUGCUACUGCAAAUGGUAAAGAUAUUGAUGCCUUUCAAACACAUCGUCGUCAAUUGUCUUCUGCAUCAUCAAAUAGUUGUUCAGGUUAUGCAACCGGCCCUGGGACAACAGCUGCUCCAUCAUCAGCUUCAUCAUCUGCUGGCUAUGGGUAUGGAUAUGGUUAUGGUUCAGGUAGUUUGGCGAGUUAUGCAAGUAGUAGUAGUGGAAGUAGUAGUCUUGGUGGUAAUGGUGCUGUUGGAGGAGGUCUUGUUAGUGGAGCAGGAGCAGGAGGAGGAGGAGGCGUUGGGUAUUUGGGGACAACAAUGAAUCGUCUAGGAAGUGGAAAUAUGAAGAAUACAAGUUUAGGUGGAGGUGACUCCUGCAAUUGGAUUGGUUUAAACUCCCAAGCUUGUCGUGAAUCUGAUGGUGUUGUUGCCGGUAGUAGAGACAUUUUAGGCGCAUCAUCGUCAUCAUCAAUACCACCACCUCAUGAAGAUGAAUUAAUGAAGCAGUCUGAAUCAUCUGGAUUAGCUGCUUUGCUACAAGAAGCUAUUGCUGCACGUAUGCGGAAUAAAACAACACGUUGUCAAUCUACAGAAAUGAAAAUACCACCAUCUUCUAACAUUGCUGCUACCAAUCAAAUGUCAACAACAAAAUCGCCGGCUCCGCCUCCGCCACCCCCACCACCUUUGCCCCCACCAUUAUUAGCGUCUAUUGGACAAACUAAUGUCACUAAUAGUACAGAUCAUGUGCAUACAGUAAAACGUACAGAUUCAAUGCAACAGCUGAGAAAAGAAUCGAUUGAUCAAAAAUCAUCAAUGAUUGCUGAAAUUCAACGUCGUAUAGAAGCAAGACGGCGUCAAAUUGAAGCAGCUGAAGAAGAAGAAUCGAUUGCUAAAGAAAGUCAAAGUGUGGAAUCAUCUGUCGGUGUUUCUACUGAUAAUACACCGGUUUUAAUGGUGCUUCUAGCUCAAAAAGGCGUGGUUAAUAAUCCGAAUACUGCUUCAACAUUAACAUCAACAAACAUGAUACAGUCAAGUGUUUUACCAUUCAGUAGAACAGAAUUAGAAAUAUUACGUCGUGAAAUAAUCAUUGAAUUACGUAGAGAAGUUCAACUGGCAAAAAAUGAAAUUUUAGAUUGUAUCAAAUUGUACAAAGCUGUUUAA